AUCGUCCAUAGUUUUCUCAAGAAAUACAAGAUAAUGGCCAGUAACAGUACCUUUAGGUACAGAUUCUUUUUUUUUUUUUUUUUUUUUUUUGUUACUAGAUGGUGCUUUUCUUUUGCGAGUGUAAAAAUCAAUCUUGGUGCAUUUAGAUCAUUCCUUUUGGUGGGGGAGGGAGGGAGAGUUUCGAAGCUCCAUGGAUAUAACAAACUUAGAAGAAAUGGCGCUCAAAAUCGUAUGAGAUACUACUUCUCCUAGAGGAAGUGGUUACAAUAGCUGAUUUUCCCUUUUUCAGUUUAACCACCUAAAGGUUGCAUGUUGAUAUUGAAAAACAGAUUCAUUUACAAAAACGUAUUUUUCAAGAUAAUUUAUAUCCGUUACAGUCUAUUGUUUGAACCAAACCAGUCGAUUACCGAUCAUCGUACUAUUGUUUCUAGCAACUGGUUGAAGUGUUACUUUCUAGAAAGAA